CACAGAUGAUGGGCGUUUCUGUAAUGUUAUUGACUUUAUAGCUAGGCUCGUAGGUUUACAGGUGUGUGACGUAAAGACCAAGAUGGCGUAUGUGCGCUUAGCCGUGUCUGUGUUGGCCCUGGUUUCCUUAUCUUGGUGCAGUUCAGCUGCCCGAGACAACAAAGGUACGGAGUUUAUCCUGACAUUUCCGGAGAACCUACAUAGACAAAAUCUCAACCCAAAACUGUUCAUCGCCUGUCCACAUCCUGGUGGUGCUACAGUUGAGAUCACUCUUCCUUCUACUGGCUACAACACAAGAGAGCGGGCGACUUAUGGCAGGGUGACGGAGGUGGAAGUUGACCGUGCGGCCGUGGAGCUCGUCGGCAGUCGAAAGAGUGACAAAUCGGUUCACGUCACGUCCGAUGUGGAGAUCGUGGUGUACGGGGUGUUCGCCGAGAAAUUUUCCAGUGACGCGUACCUGGCUCUACCCACCGACGUACUGAGGACCGAGUACUUUGCCUCGUGUGCGGGUACUCCGAGCGAUAGGCCCGAUAGGCCUGCUGAGUUCGGAGUAGUCGGUGUCCAUGACGGGACGACCGUCACUAUUGUCCCCAGCCAAGCCGUGACGUUCGAUGGACAAAACUACGCCGCAGGACAGACGUUUUCUGUGGGGCUGGACCGAUUUGAAACACUUCAGGUACAGGCGACUGAGGACCUGACCGGUUCAAAGAUCACGGCUGACCAGCCAGUGGCCGUGCUGAGCGGAAACAUGUUUGCUAUCUGCAUGCCUAUGAACGAGCCACAGUUGGGCAGUGGGGACCACAUAGUAGAGAUGAUCCCACCUGUGGACACAUGGGGGAAGGAGUUCGUCACCGUGCCGCUGACCAAGCGUACCGGUGGUGACCUCUUCCGUGUUGUUGCCGCCCGAAACAACACACAGGUCGAUGUUACCAAUAAAAACACGAUGACUCUGAACGCUGGGGAAUUCUGGGAGAUUGAUGUUCCAUCUGAUGAGUACAGACACGUGACCAGCAGCGAGCCUGUUUUGUUGGUGCAGUACAGCAAAAGUAAUGAUGCUGACGAUACGCAAACUGAUCCGUUCAUGAUGAUCAUCCCGCCCGUCGCGCAGUUCGAAACAGAGUACACGUUUUCUACCGUGGAACUUUUCAGCACAUUCUCCAGACGUACUCAUCACAUCAACCUGGUCAUCAGCUCGGCUAACAAAGCUGGUCUCCGAUUGGAUGGGCAACAGUUGCCUAGCAACACCGUCUGGCAUGACGUACCUGGGACCGACUACGCAGCCGCACAACUGGAUAUUCCUGAAGGCACCCACACAGUUAAACAUAUUUCUCCGAUUGUGACAAUCGGUUUGCUCAGUUAUGGUUUUGUCACACCUGAGUCGUACGGCUAUCCCGGUGGCCUCCGGCUGUCCCGGAUCGCCGCCUCGUGCAGCACCACCACCCCCGUCCCCGCCGACCGUGUGGACAACGACUGUGACGGACGUGUGGACGAAGAGCUGCUGAACGGCAUUGAUGAUGACGGCGACGGACUGAUCGACGAAGAUUUAGCUAUCGGUAACUGCGCUGACAACAGGGACCAGUACAGGACGUGUCUGCUACAGCGCUGCAGGAAUCUGGGUCCAUAAACGAAACCCAGGUAGCGAGAACAAGGCAUCUUUUAAGAAUAAGGCCAAUGGUAUAUAGUAAAUGAUGUAUAAUCCAUGGAGAUAUGGGAGACCACUAAUAGAACCUACCAAUGUGUAACGAUUUUACAAGUUUUGACGGUCACCUCCUGGUAAGAUACCAAUUAAAGUUUAAAGGAACAA